GCUGCUCAGCCUGUGACCUCAUCACUUAGAGGACUCCAAGACACCUCGGAACCCUCACCUUCCGGAACGGAUCACUAAGGAACCUGGAGACGCGGGAACCCAGACACCCCGGAACGGGACUCUGCGGAAACCGGAGAUCCGGGAACCCGGACACCCCGCGACGGGAAUCCGGACAUGGUGAGUCGGGGCCCUGGCCUCCGAGUAGCGAGGGCUGUGCCGCAGCUGCCGCUGUGUAGGGUCGAUUUCUUCUGGGGCAGCCCCGACGGCUCACAGCGAGAGCACAGGCCCGACGGCCGAUGGCGUGAUCUUGGGAACAUCCAACUCCCCGUUCGGGUUCUUCCUGAGAGGGCCUCGGAGCUGGGGCUCCCGCGCCCCCUUCUCCUGAACACACGAAUUCAUUGGGCAGCUUCUAGCCAGGACCGUGAAUUCCUAAGAAUUUCCCACUCCAGCUUCCUGUCUUCACAUUAAACUGCCCCCGCGCAGAUUUCAAACAGACUCUGCUUUUUAUUUUUUCCCCUUCAUGCACAUCAGGUGGCAGUUUGAAAGGACUUGUUUUGUGUUCAUGGACUUUGCCCCGGAGCAGAAAGCACAGGAGCUGUUGUCAUUCAAGGAUGUGUCGGUUGAUUUCUCUCCAGAGGAGUGGGAAUGCCUAGACCCUGCUCAGUGGAAUUUAUAUAGAAAUGUGAUGUUGGAGAAUUACAGAAACCUUGUCUCCCUGGGUCUUACUGUGUGUAAGCCCUCCCUGGUCACAUUGCUGGAGCAGAGACAAGAGCCUUGGGAUGUGAAGAGACAACAGUCAGGAGCCAUGUACCCAGAGAAUCUUUGCGAGUGUAACAACUCUGUAAAAGAUUUUGAUCAACAGGAAGAACUUAGCGUGCACCCAUGUGUGCACAGUGAGGAGAGGCCGCACAGGCGUGAAGAACAUGGCCGAGCUUUUAGUGCCGACUCACCUUCUGAGCAGCGUCCCGGGGUGCUUAAAGGAGCUACGCCCUACAGAUGUAAAGACUGUGGGAAAGCCUUCAAAUACCGCUCAGUCCUGCACCAACACCACAUAAUCCACACUGCUGCAAGACCCUACAAAUGUAAGGAGUGUGGCAAAGCCUUCAAGCGAAGUAGAAACCUUACUCAACACCAGAUAACUCAUAAGAGAGAGAAACCCUACAAAUGUAAGGACUGCGGCAGAGCCUUUACUACGCUCUCUGUCCUGACUCAGCACCAGAUAAUUCACACUGGAGAGAAACCCUACAAAUGUAAAGACUGCGGCAGAGCCUUUAAAUAUAACUCAACCCUCACUCAACACCAAGUCAUUCAUACUGAAGCAAAACCCUACAGAUGUCAGGAAUGCGGGAAAGCCUUCAAGAGGAGCCACACGCUUAGUCAACAUCAGGUAAUUCAUAAAGGAGAGAAACCAUACACGUGUAAAGAAUGUGGCAAGGCCUUUAGUAAACACUCAUCUCUUACUCAACACCAGGUGAUCCACACUGGAGAGAAACCCUACAAAUGUAAGGAAUGUGGGAAAGCCUUCAGGUAUCAGUCAACCCUUACCCGACACCAAAUUGUUCACACUGGAGCGAAGCCCUACAAAUGCCAAGAAUGUGGCAAAGCCUUCAACAACAGUUCAACUCUUAGUCGACACCAGAUAAUUCACACAGGAGAGAAACCCUACAAAUGCCAAGAGUGUGGCAAGGCCUUUUAUUGUUCUUCAUUCUUGAUCCAGCACAUGAAAAUUCAUUUUGAAGAGAUGCCCUUUAGAUGCAAAGAGUGUGGUAAACCCUUCAGACUUUCCUCCCAGCUUAUUCGGCACCAGAGGAUCCACACUGGAGAGGAACCUUACAUAUGUAAAGAGUGUGGCAAAACUUUCAAAUAUCACUCAAACCUUACUAGACACCAAAUACUUCAUACUGGAGCGAAACCCUACAAAUGUCAAGAAUGUGGCAAAGCCUUCAAUAAUAGUUCAACCCUCACUCGACACCAGAUAAUUCACACAGGAGAGAAAUCCUACAAAUGCCAAGAGUGUGGCAAGGCCUUUUAUUGUUCCUCAUAUCUGAUCCAGCACAUGAAAAUUCAUUUUGAAGAGAUUCCGUACAGAUGUAAAGAGUGUGGUAAACCCUUUAAGUGUUCCUCCCAGCUUAUUCGGCACCAGCGGAUCCACAGCGGAGAGAAGCCCUACAUAUGUAAAGAGUGCGGCAAGGCCUUCAACUGUACAUCCUACCUUACCAAGCAUCAGAGAAUCCACACCGGAGAGAAGCCCUACAUAUGUAAAGAGUGUGGCAAGGCCUUCAACUGUUCUUCCUAUCUUUCUAAGCAUCAGAGAAUUCAUAUUGGAGACAGACUCUAUACAUGUAAAGAGUGUGGCAAAUCUUAUUACUUUUCUUCACAGCUUAAUCGGCAUCAGAGAAUUCAUACCGGAGAGAAACCCUACAUAUGUAAAGAAUGUGGCAAGGCCUUCAACUGUUCUUCGUACCUUAAUAAGCAUCAGAGAAUACAUAUUGUAGAAAAACCCUAUGUAUGUAAAGAGUGUGGCAAAGCUUUUAACUGUUCUUCAUACCUUACUAAACACCAGAGAAUCCAUACUGGAGACAGAUUUCACCAAUGUAAAGAGUGUGGCAAAGCUUAUUACUUUUCCUCACAGCUUAAUCGGCAUCAGAAAAUUCAUACCAGAGAGAAACCCUAUAGAUGCAAAGAUUGUGGCAAGGCCUUUAUUACUUCUUCCAGCCUUAAGCGGCACCAGGGAACUCAUACUCUAGUGAAACCCAGCAGUGUAGAGAAUUUGUCAAAACCUUAAUAGUAAGAUAGUUUUCACUGGCUAUUUCAUAAAGGAUAAAAACCCUAUUCAUUCAGCUAAUGUCCUUAACAACUGCUGAGUCUUCAGGUUGCACCAAAUGCUCAUAGAUGAGGGAGACACUACGAGGAAUGUGGCAGGUGUGUAGCAGUUAUUCCAUAAAAAUCCAUAGUUGAGAACAACUACAGAUGUGAUAACAUGGCCUGGCCUUGGAUCAAAGCUUUUCUUUAUUGGACAGUAGCAAAUUCAUAUGGGAAAGAGCACUGUCCUACAUCUAGCCUCAGAAGAGUCUAAUAAUAUACUGUAAAUCCCCCCAUAAAAUAAGAAAUUUAACAUAGCUUUUACUAAUACCUCAACCUUUUUUUUUAAGACAGGGUUCUGUGUAGCCCUGGCUGCCCUGGAACUCACUAUAUAGACCAGGCUGGCCUCAGAAUCACAGAGAUCCGCCCACUUCUGCCUCCUGAGGCCUGGGACUAAAGGCGUGCACCAUGAUGCCCUGCCCAUACCUCAAAUCUUGGUGUACAUGAAGAAUUAGCAUAGGACAGAAAUCUUAUGAAUAUGUAGAAUGGCAACAUUUUGAACUUAUCACUAAGUAGGUAGGAUAGAAAGAAAUUCAUCACAGAUGUUGGAAUCAUUUGAACUCAUCUUUGAAAGGAUGGAAUUGGUUAAACAUCCAAAUUUACUAAAUAACCUCACUGUUAAAAACUACACAAAGCACAGCCCUCUGGCCGUUUUAGCUGAAGAAUAAUCCUGCUUUCAGAGAAGUUUUAAACUGAUCUCCAGAAGGCAUAAAAUGGAUUUUGAAAAACUGUGUAUUGUGUAUGAACUUUAUUUGAGUACAUACAUGGAGUGAAUGGUUCUUGUUGUCUCUGAUAUGUACUGCUUGACAUGUUAUUUUAUCACAGAGAUUAAACCACCUUACUGAAGCAUGUACAUAACAUAUCUUAGUAAUAUAUGGCUGAGGAUAGUGAGUAACUGGAAAUUCUUGUUCCCAGUGUCCUUAUCCUUCAAAUAAAAGUGCAGACUUGGA